AUGCAGCGGCCGUUUGCAGUGCGGAAGUAUACUGGCAAACGAAACUCAAACAAAAACAACCAAACGAAAAACCCACAAUCCUCGGUCCUCUCCAUCUACAUCCCUAAUCUACAAUCUCCAAACACACACACAUCCGUCGAGAUAGCAACACAACAUGUUCCUCCCCACCGCCCUCCAAUUCCUGCACUACCUACACCUCCUCUCCCCCACCUCCCCCCCACCUCCCUCUCCCCUACCACCCCCACCCACCCUUCCACCACCGCACCGCUCUCACCACCGCCGCAGAAACCACGCGCCUGCACCGAGACCCUCACCGUCACGCACACAGAGUGGUACCCACAAGCAUACGCGGCCACAAGCCCGGCGGAGCAGGUUGUGGUCGUGGUGGAGGUGCCGAUGCCGCUGAAAAAGGUGCAGGUGCAGAUGGAGGAGGAGGUGCAGGUGCGCAUGGAGGAGGUGGAGGUGCAGGUGGAGGAGGGGGCGGGGGCGGCGGUCGUUGAGGUGGAGGUGGAGGUGUAG